AUGCUGAGCUCUAUUCUUUUGGCCAGCAGCAACUAUACGAUGCAGGUUCUUAGCUCACCGACUCGCCGCGAAAUCGAUCGAGCUCAUUAUCGAGGGGAUUGGCUUGAAGUUGGGAUCCUGAGCACUCGCAACCUUCCCAAGAUCUCGCGAAAACGAGCAGUGCUCUGCAUUACACUAGCCCUUUCCUCCAUACCCUUACAUCUUUUCUAUAACGCUGCUACCUUCAAGGUCAUUGCCAGUAACGACUACCACGUUUUCGCUAUCGACAAGCAAUCGAACGAAUAUCAAGACAAACUUCGUAACAACGGAACCUAUACCUUUAUGGAAAACGGCACCUGGAGGUUGGCAUAUGCAGAUCAAUUCAUGUCCGGCCAUAGUGAUCUCUAUCUUGUCAUUGACCAGGUUGUCAUCAACACGACACGCACCACGACACUGAAAAUGCAAGACUAUCUACCUUGGACUACUGAAGGAAACUUCAGAGACAUCGCAGCGAAUAUGACAAAUCCUGACUGGGUCCCUUACUAUGUAGGCUCAGGUCCCCUUCAAGCGAAGAAUUCGAACCUUACCGCGCCGGAAUCAAUGCAUAUUAUAUCCGCGUUCGCCAAACAGACGGGGUCCCAGAGCCGUUUACAAAUCAGCGCCCAGUACAUGAUCGUUGUCAUAGUUUUCAACACUUUGAAGCUCUGCAUCAUGAUCAGCGUGUUGAUCGGCAUUCGCUCAAAACACAUCGUAACUUUGGGGGAUGCGUCAGCAUCAUUUCUAGAACAACCUGAUCCGAUCACAGAAGGAAGCUUUCUGCGAGACAACCGAGGCAACAACAGUUACCAGAUCAAAGUCAAACUACCCCGGGUAAAGUCACCUCUGAGCGAUAGCGCGACACCCUUCUACACGCAGACCGCAACUUUCGCCCCUAACAUUUCUUACUCGGACCUGAUUCGUACUGACAAAAAAGUCAUCUUUUUCAUAUCGUAA